CUUGUCAAUUUUUUAAUGACUUACAAAUUAAGAGUUUCAUAACAUAAAUUCGUUAUAGCAGGAGUGUCAAAUACUCAACCUAAUGGUUUUGGCGCUUCACACUUUAAUUUGUCUCGGCAAACUUCUGAACAGCUGAUCGAGCUCGGCAGUUUUUUACAAAUAUCAGCAAUUUAUUAUGACGAACAUUCAGCAAAUAUAUCGAUCUACCGUAAACCAGCAGAUAUUGACAUUUUGUUUGCCGAAGUUCUUGAAAAUUGUGCCGAAAACUAGUAGAGUAUUUUGCUGAAUUUCUCAGCUGUUGUUUUCCCGGCAAUAAAAUCUAAGUGUGUUGGUUUAGUUUUGUUGCACCUCGUCCAAUUCAGAAUAUCAUUCUCAAAUAGUCACUGGUAUUCUGUUCUGUGACAGGGUUAUUCUUAUUUUCAUUUUGAUUUGGUGGUGGAUGAUAUUUUGAGCCCUGUUACAGAGAAUGAGUCGGGUGGACUCGCCACUGUAUUCCAAAUGACACGUGUUUUUGUUGAAGCAGUCUUUUGAUUGGAUCUAAAUCAACUCUGCUCUUUAAUCUUUUUGAAGACAAUGUAAAACUUUUCACGGGAAAGAUUUUCUACACGGAUUUCGAAGAUUUAAUACAAAAAUAUUGGUGUUUACGCAACUUUAAUUCACGUUGAUUCUGUGGAAACCCGUCAAACAAACAAUUUCAGCUUGAUUGCUUGAAUCACAAGAAGACUUUUGAUUAUGGCCGACGAAGAGGACGAGUUCCUCAUAGACACGUUGGGGUCGGCUUUAGAGAAAAGCAUACAAACAGCACAAUUACCAGAACCAGAAUCAUCAAAUGAUGCAUCAAAUGAAUCAACGACGGUGGCGAACAUGACUUCAGAGGAAACCGAGCAACUGGAACCUGCUCCACAACCGGCGACUUGUACGAAGGAAAUCGUUCAAAUAGAAACUAAUGCACAACCUGCUCCACAAUCGGCGACUUGUACGGAAGAGACCGCCCAAGAUUUGAUUAAUCCACGGCCUGCAGAUCGCCGUAAAAACCGUAGAAAGAGAUUGAAAAACCACAUACCACAAUUGGAUCGCGUCCUCGUCGGAAAGCGUCGAAAAACCAAUAGAUUAGCAGCGCUUACAAAUACUCGUGUAAAACCUUACGCGUUCAGAUUACCAGUGUGUAAUCACAAAGCACCAGAUUUCGUUGGUCAUCGCACCACAACUAGUGGGAAAUUGAAUCCGAAUGGUUUCUUCCGAGUGACUUCUUGGAAUAAAGGGAUGGACAACCAGACGCUGUUGUUGAGAAAAUUUAAUUGGAAGACGGGUCAGUUUCAGGAUCAAGAUCCAUUGUUAAAGCUAGGAAGUAAUCUGCCACAAUAACAGUUAACGCUUUAUAAAGAUAAAUCUUGUUGCUAAUAAAUUUCUCCAAUCCCAUGAAACAUGUUCUGGGGUACUUCCGUA